GAGAAAACUUGGCCGUGCUUGUCUAUGUUGUUUUGUUGUCAGUUCACAGGUGUGACGACAACCAUAAUAUCAUACAUCAAAAGUGCCAUCUCUGUGUUAAAAAAUUUCGGAGCAGAAUAUUGUGAUAAAUCAUUCUGCAUGUCAUUGUUACCCGUUUGCAGCUGUCCAUUUUUGAUGGCUGUAGAGUUGGUUGUUCCAUACAAGACCUCAAUUUUGGAAUUUUCCUCAUAUUUUGACAGUUAAUUGGAUCACAGAGUCAUCCUCUCUUUUCUUGGAAACUUAUUUCUACUUUUUGUCAGUUUUUGAGUUCACUACGUUGGAUAUCUUUAUAGUGAUCAUGUUGAUAUUUUUGGAUGGAUGUAGUCCCAAACCAUGGACAACUUGACCUACUUAACACUUGUCGCUGCUGUAUACAUGAACGAAUAGUUGUAAAGGGUUAAUGAAUAGCUUUAAAGGGUUAAUGACUAGCUUGUCAGUUGGGUUAUAAGCCACCUGAAAUAUCUCAGCUUAAUUAGUGCAUGAGAAAAGUCAGCUGGCAUUGAAUGGUAGCACGUUGGUGAUAUCAAGAUUGUGGUCAAUCCUUAGACCAUUUUGUUCCUACGACUGUUCAUUUGACGAUCAAGGAAUGGAUAUGCUUUUUGGGUCGGCUGGCUUAGUUUAACUUUUUCGAAGCAGAUUUCCUUUAAUUUGGAGUUAAACGGGUUAAAGCCUUGGGGAUGCGAGACAUGUAUAAAUUAGCCUCAUUUUGCAAUAGGAUAUGACCAAUUUUUACAACGCUGCUCUCGUGAUCCAGAAUCAGGAAGAAAUAAAACUUUGUAUUCAGCUGAUUGUAUUGAGAGGAUAAUAUUACACGGCUGAUCAUUGUUUGAUGAGAAUGACUAAUGAGUAGAAACUUGAACUCAUUUGCUAGUUGCAUAGGAGCAGAAUUGGAUAUAAGGCGUGUAAUUGAUGGAUUCAUAGGAUUUAUUUGCAAUUUUAAAAAUGGAAUUGAUUUUGGUGUAUCCCUAUGAUGGACCUUCUGGUCCAUGCAGCAGCCUCCAGUAGACUUAGCCCAGUCGGUCACAUUGUAGUCGUCCGUGAUACCAACGGUCACGUGAAAGAGUAUCGUCCGAACCAGUCGAUAGGGUCUCUCGGUGUUGACGCUGUUUAUCUGCAGCAGAAAGGAGUCAAGAUGGAGAAGACACCAUCGAAGAGUAACGUCCAGCCGUUUGAGAUUACAAAUCGUCUGAUCAUUAACCUCCCUAAGAGCCAAAAGAUGGUGCUACGUGUCAGUCUACAGACAAAACUCUCCGAGAUUUUUACGAUUAUAUGCAGCGAGAAGGGAUUGGACUCUUUUAUACAUGAAUUGCGACAUCCCAAAAAUCAUGACAUGGAACUCAAUUUGGAUAAAAGUUUACAAGAUUAUGGUUUGACUGAGGUGAAUGUGGUCAAUAUCAAGGCACCUCAAAGUUCUCGAGGCAGUGAUGAUGACUAUUCCAUCCAUUCUCCAAACGCGAGUGAGAUCUUACCACCGUCCAUCCAUGUGCCUGUGUCUCGCAUGUCGCUGAGCAUGACGUCGAGCGGUCACUCGGGACAUACGGGUCGCAGCGCCUCUCCUGAGAAGAAGAAGAAAGGUCUGAAAGGCCUGUUUAAGAAGAAAGAGAAAAAGGCGCCUAAAGGGAGUUCACACCACUUCAGUCCACCACCGGCGCCAGCUCAGGAUUCCAAUUUCAUCUUACGAAGGCGAGAACCAAACAAAGGUCACGACCCAUCACACCGUCAUACAAUGCCUCCGGAGGCUUUCAUGGGUGAUGUAUGGAAAUCGCCGGAUUUGCACAACCAGCAGUCGCCAACGUCGACAUUGAAUAGAACAAAAAAGAGACAUGCGCCAGCUCCACCUCCUGGUGGUGUUAAAACAAACAUUGAUGGCUCUGCGGAAAUCGUAACAUCGGAAGUCGGGCCUAUGCACCAAGCCUCGCUGGGCACUCGUCAAACUGGCGGCCAUAAUCAGGUGUCUGCAUCCGCAAGUUUAAGUCCGCUGUCAGCGUCUAGCGGAGUCAGUGGCUCGGUGGAUUUUAAGAACGAAAAGCGGAGUCAAAGUGUUCAUGAUAUACCAGGUGCUGGGAAAGAGGUUGGUCGUCCGAUGAGGUUGGAUGUUGCAACGGCAGGGUCAGUGGUUGUGAAUUCGCUGAAGGUGGUAAAGAAAAAGAGACGGGCCCCAGCCCCACCAGAGUCUCCCACCACCCCUACUCAAAAUGGUGACAUAGCUGGCCCCUCCAAACCUCCUCGGGCCAUUUCCAUGUAUGUCGAACCCACGUCGUUAAACGUCGAUGUCAACAAGUCCAGGAGGCCAUGUUCAUUCAUUGCCCCGCCCCCGCCUGAUACCCCACCCCCAGAAGAUGUCCCUAUUGUGUCCCUCAACAAUGGCAUGGUCACCAAGAGCGUCUCUACCAGUUUCAACCCUGAUGUGGAGAUAGACCAAGAAGUGGAUGUCCAAGUCAAUGGAGACGCCCACCAUGUUGAUGACAUCCAUGUUGACAUCACUGGCCAUCUUCCUUCUGACGAUGGAGAAAUCGACGCAAACAUCGAGGGUGAUAAAUCAAUUGAUGAUGUCAACCUCGCUUUCGAAAACGUGAUCGCAGAGGCAGAGAAGGUCAUGGAAGAUGAUGAAGUUUACACACACCAGUCUGAAAUGGCAAGAUUUGUCAACAGUAUGCGUGGUGAGGCGGAAGACCGGGCCAAAACAGGUGUCGAGAUCGACGCAGAGUUUGAAGAUGACAUUUCGAUCGAGCUGGCCUCUGAGAGUGAUACGGUCAUUAACCAUGGUUCAGAACCUCAGUCUGAGGUCAGCUCCAACUUGGAUGCAAGUGGACAUAUGUCGAUGUCGUUUAACGCUGAGAGUUCUCUUGAGAGUCCCAAGGUGGCGGUAGGAGAAUCUGACAUUGAAGUCGAGGAUACAAUAAUGGCACAGGUGGUCACGCACGAGGAGACAGCCCCGAAUUUCUCAUUGGACAAUCACGAUGUGUCAAAUAUGGACGAUCACGACACGUCAAAUAUAGAUGAUCACUCUGAGGAUGUUUUGGCCAAUAGCAAUGUUACAGCAGACUCUGGUCUUAGCCAAUCAUAUGACAGACAUGCCGAUCAUUUCAUCGAAGAAAUUGACUCUGCUUUUGAUACCAUAAACUUUGACUUGGAGACAGAUAAAACUGUUCCAACCAAGUCUGUUGGUGCCCAUCACACUAAUUUGACAGUGGAUACAGAAUUAGAAAUGCGUGACGAUUUGUCGAAAGGGACUGUUUCAGACAUUGAUACGCCACCUGUUGGGAAAGGUGUUGAAAUUUUGGAGACUGAAUAUGAUGGCGAUGUUUCAGCAGACAAUGGUGCUAUAGAUGUUGUCAUGGUAACAACUGGGGUUGAGAAAAAUGACCAUUUUGAAUCCGAGCCAGCCACACCAAGAAGGGUGAUUUCAGCAGCAGGAGUUGAGUCGCCGAUCAUAGUAGACAGGGAGUCGUCCAGAGUUGAAUCACCCAUAAUGGUUGACAUGGAAACGCCAAGAGUUGAGUCGCCGAAUAUGGUAACAGUUGGGGUAGAUUUGAAAGCUUCCAGUCAUAUUGCGCAUGAUUCUAGCCCGGAAUUAAUCAAGAGGCAUGUUCUUGAGUCUACGCCUAAGGACGUUGUAAUUCACUCUAAACCAAAAGACACAAUAAGUAAUAGUUUCGGCGUUAUGUUACGUCAUACGGAACCUGAGAGUAAUGUUGUUUUUGAAACUGGUCAGGAUUAUCCAUCUUCAAAAGCUGGGGAGGCAAUGGUGAAUGUUCGAACAAACGAAAGAAAAGUUGAGCGGGUGUCAAUUGUAAAACCCGCUGAAGUUAGAGACAGUAAAGUUUUUACAAUCGGUAAGGAUGAGGAGAUGUUUGAUUUUGAAAAGAUUCGCCAGCGGGCGUUAGCUGCUCAAAAGGAGAAGAGUUCUGGUUCCAAAAAGCAUUACGGGGUGGCAGGGAGUCGUCCAAAGUCAGAGGUGCAGAAGCAAACGGCGGAGAUUAGUUUCAAGCCGAACGGGGAGGGAGAGGCUGAGCAUGUGUUGGAAGAGAAAUCUAUCAUGAUGAUGUCACGUCCAAAGGAAAUGAAGUCUGUAGAGGUCAAAGUUCACGAACCAGAUGUUCUGCGUCCAAAAAUGGUUGUGCCAGACCCUGAACCACAACCUGUGAAAGUUAAAUCCAUUGCAACAAUAAAGUUGGGUACUUCCAGUAUGAAGGAUAGGCAAAAACCUGAGAUGGUUGAAAUCGGUGCACAGUCUUCCUAUAAGAAAGCGCAACAAGAGAACUUGCGUAUAAAAACUAAAUCUGACGUGGUUGAUAUGAACAUACGUGCGAUUCCAACACCGAAAUUGCCUCGUGAUGAAGUUGAAGUCCGCGCGAAGAGUCAUCAUGCAGAAACAGAAACGAAGCGACCAAUGUCAUUGUCGGCACUCAUGGCGGCUCAUCUGCCUCCAAAGUUUGAGAACGAUGAGAAACAGCCACCGCAACCAAUCAAGAAAGAGAGUGAGAAUUCAACUGCGGCAAAGGAAGAUGACCCAGAAAUACAAAACCAGAUGGAUAUGCUGCAGGCACAGUUCUCAGACUUUCAGAAACAGUUCCAAGCCAACCAGUCGUUGCUCUCCAAGCAGAAGAUACUCGGCCGCGAACAGUUGCCCGAUGACAGUCGUCUUGUCACGUCACAGCCUCCAGACAGUCCGUCUAGUGUUGGGAGUGUCGAAGUCACAAAAGUCCCAAUCCCACCUCCAUUUAUCAUCAAGGGUGAAGUGAAACCUGUGAGGAAGACAGCACCAAAGAAGUUUGAGAAAGACUUGGAGCCACGUGAGGAGCUGAUGAUCGCAAUCAGGAAUGUUGGAGGUCGGAAUGCACUGAGAAAGGUUGCUGUCCGAGACACUAACUGGGGAGUCAAGGUGAUCAAGUGAACAACAACAAAAGGUUGUCUCCAGUGAGGAAUUCUUACCACCAAACAUCAAUAAACCAAGGAAAGUGUGCCAAUUCUUGCCAGCAUUGUGGAUUACUGUCCCGCCAGAAUUGUCUUGUGUACAAAACUGAACUUUAUUGACUAUGAACAGUGUUAAGGUGUAAUUCUGGGAUAUUUCUAAUGGACUGAUUCGCUGUGUACGGAUUUAUAAGCUAAGCUACGGAUCUGUUGGGACUUCAGUUCAGGUAUCGGCCAAUCUUAAGACACCUGCCAAUCUUACAUAACUCAGACGCCUUGGGCCAAUGAUCAAGGGACCUACAGAACUUCUGGUUGGCCAAUACAUGAUCAAAGCCCUAAUAUUGACGUCCUAGGUUAUUUAGAUCGAAUCUAGUUGGAAAGGUUAAAGAAGAGCAUUGUUCGAAAAGGGAGCCUAUUAGCGGGAGUGAGGUAGGCCAGUUUCACAACAUACCAAAUGGUGUCUCUGUAAUCUGAGAGUACAUCAGGACUGUUCACACUCGUGCAAUGAAUAUUUUUAUCACCGAGUCGAACUAGGUCCUGUUCCCUAACUCUGAUUAUUGGUCACCUGGAGACCUCGAUUGGACUGCCGAGCCCCUGCCUGUAGGCCCUCCAAGAAGUCUCCUCUUGGCUUCUGUGGAGGAAGUAAUUAUGUGGGAAUCAUGUAGCUUACAAUUACAUAUGCACUUAUAAUGCAAUAAUCAUGAUACUUUUCACUAUCUUCAGUUACGAUAUUACUGAAGUAUCUUUAUCAUCAUCACAGGGUGUAACGAAAAAUCUCAUUAUUGGACACAGGGUUACAUGUAUGGAAUUCUCAAAUGCCACUGUUUUAUUCCAGAAUAAUGCUUACUGUCUAAAGAGGUCAUUUUUGUUACACCCUAUACUGAGUUCCAGUUCUGUUAGUUUAAAGUUCCAUGUUAAGUUAUUCUUGUCUAAUUGUUAAUUUUAACUGCCUAAUCUUGUUAAUGCACAAUAAUGUGGACAUCUUGUUUCAAUAGCCUUUUUACGCUCAUUUCAUCUUGGAGGAGAGGAUAUUCCCUGGAGAUGAACACAUCCAAGAGCAGAGCAAACACUGAAGCAGAAGAAUAAGUUUGUGUGAUCACAAGUUUAUAAGCAUAAGUUUACAAGCACGUACAUGUAACUGAAACACAGUUCACCUCAUUUUCUAUACAUCUUACAGUAUUCAAUUUUAUUUCCUGUGGCUUACUUUUUUUGUACAAAUACUUCCAGAUUGGAAGACCUAUAGUUAUUGCUUAAUUCCAUUGAACUAGUAUUAUUUAGUAGUAUCACUUAUGAUUCAUUAUUCAUAUACAUGUAAAGAUGAUGUACUGGAUCUGCUCACUUGGAAGAUAACACAAUGCACCAUUAUCAAAAGUCUGCUAGUUUCAAGAGAACGAGAAGCUCUUGAUUGCAAAUUAAUUCUCGACUUUGGGAUUUGAAAUUCUUUAUACCAUCACGCCGUCUUAAAUUGAUAUCGAUUCUUGUGUAUUAUCCUCAAAGUAAGUACAUCUAGUAAUAUUUUCUAUCCCAGUUCAUAUCAUGCAAUAUUAUCAAUCAUUCCAGGUAUAUUUUGUGCGUCCAUUGUAUAAACUCGAAUACAUUCCACCACCUCAAUUAUGCCAGUAUAUGUUCAGAGUAUAAUAAUAAAAUAUGUUAUUUAUGAUAGAAAUUGGAGAUUUGUGUAGAUUAAGAUUCUUACAUGCCUCAGUUGCAAUGUUGCGCUGGACCAUGGUUCCCCAAGCUCUCAAGAACCUUUCUGAGACAUCCUGCAUAUAACAAGGAUGAUUACAACAGC